GUGGCGGGGGAACGGGGCGGUGGAGCGGCGGGAGAGGGGUGGCGAGGAGAGAGAUUGCGAGAGCCCUGAAAGACGUGCGAGACUCGAGACCUGAGACCCGCCGUGGGAGACCUGGGGCUGCGGGAGGGAGCGAGUUUCUUGCGCUCGUGCGGAGCGCGCCCAGGGUUCGCCGCAUGGCCGGGACUCCAGGCCGUGAUCCUCGGGGCGCCCCCGGGAUUUGUUACCUUCUUGGCUCCCUGUUGGCCGGACUGCUCGUCCCGGGUGCUGUCGCCUUCAAUCUGGACGUGAUGGGCGCCCUGCGCAAGGAGGGCGAGCCGGGUAGCCUCUUCGGCUUCUCUGUGGCUCUGCACCGGCAGUUGCAGCCCCGACCCCAGAGCUGGCUGCUGGUGGGUGCUCCGCAGGCCCUGGCUCUGCCUGGGCAGCAGGCGAAUCGCACCGGAGGCCUCUUCGCUUGCCCCCUGAGCCUGGAAGAGACUGACUGCUACAGAGUGGACAUCGACCGCGGAGCUGACGUGCAGAAGGAGAGCAAGGAGAACCAGUGGUUGGGAGUCAGUGUUCGGAGCCAGGGACCUGGGGGCAAGAUUGUCACCUGCGCGCACCGCUACGAGGCUCGGCAACGAGUAGACCAGAUCCUAGAGACCAGGGAUGUGAUUGGUCGCUGCUUUGUGCUAAGCCAAGACCUGGCCAUCCGUGAUGAGCUGGAUGGUGGCGAAUGGAAGUUCUGUGAGGGGCGCCCCCAGAGCCACGAACAAUUUGGGUUCUGCCAGCAGGGUACAGCUGCUGCCUUCUCCCCCGACAGCCAUUACCUCCUCUUUGGGGCCCCGGGAACCUAUAACUGGAAGGGCACCGCCAGGGUGGAGCUCUGUGCGCAGGGCUCAGCGGACCUGGCGCACCUGGACGACGGGCCCUACGAGGCGGGGGGUGAGAAGGAGCAGGACCCCCGCCUCAUCCCGGUCCCUGCCAACAGCUACUUUGGGUUGCUCUUUGUGACCAACAUUGAUAGCUCUGACCCUGACCAGCUGGUGUAUAAAACUUUGGACCCCGCUGACCGGCUCCCAGGACCAGCCGGAGACUUGGCCCUGAAUAGCUACUUAGGUUUCUCCAUUGACUCGGGGAAGGGUCUGGUGCGUGCAGAGGAGCUGAGCUUUGUGGCAGGGGCCCCUCGUGCCAACCACAAGGGCGCUGUGGUCAUUCUGCGCAAAGACAGUGCCAGCCGCCUGGUGCCCGAAGUUGUGCUGUCUGGGGAGCGCCUGACCUCUGGCUUUGGCUACUCGCUGGCUGUGGCUGAUCUCAACAAUGAUGGCUGGGCAGACCUGGUAGUGGGUGCCCCUUACUUCUUUGAGCGCCAAGAAGAGCUGGGGGGUGCCGUGUAUGUGUACAUGAACCAGGGGGGUCACUGGGCUGGGGUCUCCCCUCUCCGGCUCUGUGGCUCUCCUGACUCCAUGUUCGGGAUCAGCCUGGCUGUCUUGGGGGACAUCAACCAAGAUGGCUUUGCAGAUAUCGCUGUGGGGGCUCCCUUUGAUGGGGAUGGGAAAGUCUUUAUCUACCAUGGGAGCAGCCUGGGGGUUGUCAUCAAACCUUCCCAGGUGCUGGAGGGUGAGGCCGUGGGUAUAAAGAGCUUUGGCUACUCCCUUUCGGGUGGCCUGGACGUGGAUGGGAACCAUUACCCGGACCUACUGGUCGGCUCCCUGGCCGACACUGCUGUGCUUUUUAGGGCCAGACCCGUCCUUCAUGUCUCCCACGAGGUCUUCAUUGCUCCCCGAGCCAUCGACCUAGAGCAGCCUAACUGUGCUGCUGGCCACUCGGUCUGCGUGGACUUGAGGGUCUGUUUCAGCUACAUUGCAACCCCCAGCAGCUACAGCCCUAUUGUGGCCCUGGAUUAUGUGUUAGAUGGAGACACGGACAGGAGGCUCCGGGGCCAGGUCCCCCGUGUGACCUUCCUGAGCCGUGGCCCAGAUGACCCCAAGCACCAGGCCUCAGGCACCGUGUGGCUGAAGCACCAGCAUGACCGAGUCUGUGGAGACACCAUGUUCCAGCUACAGGAGAAUGUCAAAGACAAGCUUCGGGCCAUUGUGGUGACUCUGUCCUACAAUCUCCAGACUCCACGGCUCCGGCGACAGGCUCCUGGCCAGGGGCUGCCCCCAGUGGCCCCCAUCCUCAGUGCUCACCAGCCCAGCACCCAGCGGGCAGAGAUCCACUUCCUGAAGCAAGGUUGUGGUGAAGACAAGAUCUGCCAGAGCAAUCUGCAGCUGGUCCAUGCGCGCUUCUGUGCCCGCGUCACUGACACGGAGUUCCAGCCUCUGCCCAUGGAUGCAGAUGGGACAACAGCCCUGUUUGCCCUGAGUGGGCAGCCGGUCAUUGGCCUGGAGCUGACGGUCACUAACCUGCCCUCGGAUCCAGCCCAGCCCCAGGCUGAUGGGGAUGAUGCUCACGAAGCCCAGCUUCUGGUCACCCUCCCUGCUUCUCUGCACUACUCAGGAGUCCGCGCCCUGGACCCCGCGGAGAAGCCGCUCUGCCUGUCCAAUGAGAAUGCCUCCCACGUCGAGUGUGAGCUGGGGAACCCCAUGAAGAGAGGUGCCCAGGUCACCUUUUACCUCAUCCUUAGCACCUCAGGGAUCACUAUUGAGACCACAGAGCUGGAAGUGGAACUGCUCCUGGCCACGAUCAGCGAGCAGGAGCUUUAUCCGGUCUCUGUCCGAGCUCGUGUCUUCAUUGAGCUGCCGCUGUCCAUCACAGGGCUGGCCAUUCCCCAGCAGCUCUUCUUCUCUGGUGUGGUGCGGGGUGAGAGCGCCAUGAAGUCUGAACGGGAUAUAGGCAGCAAGGUCAAGUAUGAGGUCACGGUCUCCAACCAAGGCCAGUCGCUGAACACCCUAGGCUCUGCCUUCCUCAACAUCAUGUGGCCCCAUGAGAUAGCCAACGGGAAGUGGCUGCUGUACCCCAUGCGGGUGGAGCUGGAGGGCGGGCAGGGGCCCGGGCAGAAGGGGCUCUGCUCCCCGAGGCCCAACAUCCUCCAGCUGGAUGUGGACAGCAGGGACAGACGGCGACGGGAACUGGAGCAGCCGGAACAAGAGGAGCAUCCUGAGCAGCUGGAGCCCAGCACGUCCUGGUGGCCGGUGUCCUCCGCUGAGAAGAAGAAAAACAUCACCCUGGACUGUGCCCGGGGCACUGCCAACUGCGUGGUAUUCAGCUGCCCUCUCUACAGCUUUGACCGCGCCGCUGUGCUGCACGUGUGGGGCCGCCUCUGGAACAGCACCUUCUUGGAGGAGUACUCAGCUGUGAAGUCCCUGGAAGUGAUCGUCCGAGCCAAUAUCACCGUGAAGUCUUCUAUCAAGAACUUGCUGCUCAGAGAUGCCUCCACGGUGAUCCCCGUGAUGGUUUACCUGGACCCUGUGGCUGUGGUGGCAGAAGGAGUCCCCUGGUGGGUCAUCCUCAUGGCCGUCCUGGCCGGGCUGCUCGUGCUGGCUCUGCUGGUGCUGCUCAUGUGGAAGAUGGGAUUCUUCAAGCGGGCACGGUACCCCGAGGCCACUGUGCCCCAAUACCACGCGGUGAAAAUCCCGCGGGAAGACCGGCAGCAGUUCAAGGAGGAGAAGACAGGCACUAUCCUGAGGAACAACUGGGGCAGCCCCCGGCGGGAGGGCCCCGAUGCGCACCCCAUCCUGGCUGCUGAUGGGCACCCUGAGCCAGGUUCCGAUGGGCAUCCCGUGUCAGGCACCACCUAGCUCCCUGGGUCCCAGCCUGGCCCAUGGGUCCCCUCCACCCUUUCCCCCCGACAUGGCUCCUUGGGAUGAAGAGGGCAGAGUGGGUUGCUGGUGCCCCAUCAGGAUGUGACAGGAUCUGCUUCCUCAGGGGCAUAGGCAUCCCCCCCCCAAGGAACACCCCCCAAAACUUCCCUUAAAACAGUGUGUGAUGAGGGCAGUAAAUCAGGAAUGGGGUUGUGGAGUAGGGGAGAAGGGCAGUGAUGUCCUGAUGCAAACGUGGGAAGAGGGACUCUGAUCCCUCCCUCUCCCAUUCACCCUGUUUAACAGGACCCCAAGGACCUGUCCCCCUGAAAGUGCCUUAAGCCCCAGGGUUGGGGAGGAGGUUGUGUUGCUGACUCAGGGGCUCUUCCCUCCCUAGUUUCCCCUCUCCUCUGACCUUAGUUUGCUGCAUCAAUCUAGUGGAUUUUGUCUAUUUAUUAAAAAAUAUUUGAGGACAAAA